CAUUGGUUCCGGUAUCCGGAAAGCCUCGAGGUUGAGCGCAGGUUGCUCCUCGCUGGGUUCCGGUUUCCUCUCCAGAAUGUUCCUGGUUCCUGCUUUCUGCCAUGCUGUGAUACUAGCCAUUAUAAUCACUGUGAUGGCACAAGAAAAGACGUGUGACCUUCUUGGGGAACGGGAACAAGAAUCCUCAAAAGAAUUAGCAUUGAUGAACAGAUUGAAGCCACUUUUCAAUCAAAGUUUUGAAACAGAAAGCAAGACUAAUGAGGGCCACUACAUUUACAGACUGAGGAUAUGUCGGGAAGUCUUCCACAAUAUGUCCAAUUCUGGCCUGGUGCAGAUCAGUAAGACAGACAACAAACAAAAAGUAAUAGGACGAAUCAAUGAGACCCACCUUGCAAAUGGAACUACCUGGAUUAUGCUGAUCUAUCAGGGUGGCGAUCCCUAUGAAGGUCAUUGUACAAAGGAACCCAGGAAAGCUUUAGUAAUGAUUAUCUGCAACCGAACAACAUUAGCAGCUCGUUUCACCAUGGUGGCAGAGGAGAGGGAGAAGAUAAAGCAAUGUUCCUACGUUUUAGUUGGAGAGCAGCUUGGCUGUCCUCCGGAGAAUUGCACCCAAAAUGCACACCAUCACCGUAUUGGCUCUAUACUGCUUAUCACAUUUUCCUCACUGAUUGCAGUUUACAUUAUUGGAGGAUUCCUCUACCAGCGUCUAAUAGUAGGAGCAAAGGGCAUGGAGCAGUUUCCCCAUUUUGCUUUCUGGCAAGAUCUUGGCAAUCUAGUAGCUGAUGGCUGUGAUUUCAUGUGCCGAUCUAAACCACAGAAUGUGCCAGCUGCAUAUCGUGGUGCUGGUGAUGACCAGCUUGGAGAGGAAUCAGAAGAGCAAGAUGACCACUUGCUGCCCAUGUGAUCUGCACCUUUUAUUUGUGUACAGUUCUUACACAAAUGGCAUCCAGUUUUCUCCUCAUCUAAUUGUCCUUUUAAGCCACUUGCUUUCAUUAUUCUGCACACUAUUUUUCAUAUUUGUGAUAUAAAUAAAUUCUGUGCAAGAUUUAUGAACUUGAAGCUGUACUAAGGAGUUUUGGACUGACUGCUCAGAACCAUUUUCCAAAAGGGAAGGAUCGUGUUACAGUGUGAAAGAAAUAAUCCAUGGAAGAGGAAAGGGUUUGAAAUAAUACUAAAAGGUUUUGAGCUACAGUGACUGAAUGUACAUAUUUCCUACAGGCUUUUACUCUUCAAAAACACUGGAUUAUAAUUUUCAAUUAUGCAGUUACAUAAUUUUAUGUAUAACUCAGUGAAGCUUGUCCUUGCUUUUUCAAAUCUGUGGAGACACACUAGACCAAAUGGAAAUAUCUAUAUUUUCUUAACAAAGGAGAAUCGUCCGUUAAGGGGAGGGGAAUGUUAGCUAGAAAGGAUAUUUAAAUGGUCUAAAUUUAAAUGGCAAUAUUUUAAAACAGAUUUAAAAGAGCAGACUAAUAAUAACUAACACUGCUGUUUUAAACACAUUCUGCUUAAAAGCUGGUCUUUCAUCUUUCAUUACAAAUAGGACAGUGCCAGUAGUUGCAAAUUAUAUAGAGUCCCAACAAUGAAAAAAGACAGGGUAGGAAACCUCAAAAUCUGUGUGGACAAUGUUUUCUGGUUUGGUUGAAACUAUUUUAGUAUUUGGACUAAAUAUUUUUAAAAUUGGUGAAUGUCAAUACUUAUAUAUUUAUGUUUAUAAGUAUGAAUAGUGUCAAAAUUUCUCUCUCUCUCUCCCUCCCUCCAUAUAUAUGGAUGACAGGUCUGUUUGCUUCAGGGAUUUGCUUCCUUUUCUUUGGUGCAUGUUGUACUGUUUCUUAACGACAAUUCUCAAAAUUGCAUUUAAAAUGCAGUUAGGACUCCUGAAUUCACUUGAACUUGCUGGGAAUAUUAGCUUUGGGGGAAAUGAGGGGAAAUAAAUAGUUACAUCUUUACUUGGUCUCUUCCUAAUGGAAUUGGUGGAUCUAAGUGGGAGUAAAUCUCCAGGUAUAUCUAUAGGCUAUAUCUAUUCUUACUCCUUUUACAAAGAAGUACUAUAGCUGAGAUAAGAUUUGAGACAUAGUAUAGCCCUCUUUGCCAGGCUCUUUUAUAAGAGAAAAGAAAUGGGGCAUUACUUAUGUCAUUUUUUCAUAGUAAAGUUUAAAAGAUUUUGUAUUAAAGAGAUGCAACUUUAACAUUAAAAAUGACUUGAAAUUUCAAAA